GAGCGUCUCUUUCCGCGGACCAGCGAGGCGGCGGCCGCUUCUCCGGCCUCCUCUUGCCUCGGGACCCCGACACGCUCCAGCCGCUCGCCCCCCGCCGUACCCUCGGCGCGGCCCUGGCGCCGCCCUAGUUGCCCUCUUCAGAAUGAUUCCCUGCAGAGCUGUGCUGACUUUUGCCCGAUGUCUGAUCCGAAGAAAAAUCGUCACUCUGGACGCUCUAGAAGAUACCAAAUUAUGCCGCUGCUUAUCCACCAUGGACCUCAUUGCCCUGGGGGUUGGAAGCACUCUUGGAGCUGGGGUGUAUGUGCUUGCGGGUGAAGUUGCCAAAGCAGACUCUGGCCCCAGCAUUGUGCUGUCCUUCCUCAUUGCUGCCCUGGCCUCCAUGAUGGCUGGCCUUUGCUAUGCUGAAUUUGGGGCCCGAGUUCCCAAGACUGGGUCUGCAUAUUUGUACACUUAUGUUACUGUUGGAGAGCUGUGGGCCUUCAUCACUGGAUGGAAUCUUAUUCUAUCUUAUGUGAUAGGCACCUCAAGUGUCGCAAGAGCAUGGAGUGGCACCUUUGAUGAACUUCUUAGCAAACAGAUUGGUCAGUUUUUCAGGACAUACUUCAAAAUGAAUUACACCGGCCUUGCAGAGUAUCCAGACUUUUUUGCUGUGUGCCUUAUAUUAAUUCUAGCAGGUCUUUUAUCUUUUGGAGUAAAAGAGUCUGCUUGGGUGAAUAAAGUCUUCACAGCCGUUAAUAUCCUGGUCCUUCUCUUUGUUAUGGUUGCUGGCUUUGUGAAAGGAAAUGUGGCUAACUGGAAGAUUAGUGAAGAGUUUCUCAAAAAUAUAUCAGCAAGUGCCAGAGAGCUGCCUUCUGAAAAUGGAACAAGUGUCUAUGGGGCCGGCGGCUUUAUGCCUUAUGGCUUUGCAGGAACUCUGGCUGGUGCUGCAACUUGCUUUUAUGCCUUUGUGGGAUUUGACUGCAUUGCAACAACUGGUGAAGAAGUCCGGAAUCCCCAGAAAGCUAUUCCCAUUGGAAUUGUGACUUCUUUGCUUGUUUGCUUUAUGGCAUAUUUUGGGGUCUCUGCAGCUUUAACACUUAUGAUGCCAUACUACCUCCUCGAUGAAAAAAGCCCCCUUCCUGUAGCAUUUGAAUAUGUUGGAUGGGGUCCUGCCAAAUAUGUUGUAGCAGCGGGCUCCCUCUGUGCUUUGUCAACAAGUCUUCUGGGCUCUAUGUUUCCUUUACCCCGUAUUCUGUUUGCGAUGGCCCGGGAUGGUUUACUGUUUAGAUUUCUUGCCAGAGUGAGUAAGAGGCAGUCACCAGUUGCUGCCACAAUGACAGCCGGGGUCAUUUCUGCUGUGAUGGCAUUUCUUUUUGAUCUGAAGGCGCUUGUGGACAUGAUGUCCAUUGGCACUUUGAUGGCCUACUCUCUGGUCGCAGCCUGUGUUCUCAUUCUCAGGUACCAGCCCAGCUUAUCUUAUGAGCAGCCCAGAUAUUCUCCUGAGAAAGAAGCUCUGGGAUCUUGUGCCAGCACAGCUUCAAAAAGCGAGUCCCAGGUCACCAUGCUGCAAGGACAGGGCUUUAGCCUGCGAACCCUCUUCAGCCCCUCUGUUUUGCCUACGCCACAGUCAGCUUCUCUCGUGAGCUUUCUGGUGGGAUUCCUGGCGUUUCUCAUCCUGGGCCUGAGUGUCCUGACCACUCAUGGGGUGCAUGCCAUCGCGGGCCUGGAAGCCUGGAGCCUGGCUCUUCUCACCCUCUUCCUCGUGCUCUGCGCUGCUGUCGUCCUCACUAUCUGGAGGCAGCCCCAAAAUCAGCGAAAAGUAGCCUUUAUGGUUCCGUUCUUACCAUUUUUGCCAGCGUUCAGCAUCCUGGUGAACAUUUACUUGAUGAUUCAGUUGAGUGCAGACACUUGGAUCAGAUUUAGCAUUUGGAUGGCACUUGGUCUCCUGAUUUACUUUGCUUAUGGCAUCAGACACAGCCUGGAAGGUAAUCCGAGGGAUGCAGAAGAUGAAGAUGCUUAUUCAGAUACCAUUAAUGCAGCAACAGAAGAAAAAUCUGUUAUUCAAGCAAGUGACCGUCAACAAGGAAAUCUCACUUUACCUUUCCUAUUCCACGAAAAGACAAGCGAAUGUUAAUACUUGCAGAGCAGUGCUGGUCCACAGUCUUAACUUACACAUCCUACAUUGAGUAAACCAUGACGGGAUGUCAUCCUCACACUAGGUUGUCACAGGUUUGCUGCAUACAUAGUUCACCCUAACUUCUACCUACUCAUCUGGACAGCAUCUCUUCAGCUGGUGAAUUAUGUGUCCAGGAAACCUCCAGAGCUCUCUCCUUAGUGUUGAAUAUCCCCAAAAUGGUGGGAGUAUGUGUUUGUACAUCUAUAUAUGUUUGGGAACAUGAAUGUUAAAAGUUAGUUGGUGUUUUACUAUUAAUGUGUUACAUUUCCCAGUGUUGUCAUUAGUGGGUGGUGUAGGCCACACAUGCUGAGAUAAGAGGUAAAUCACUGAACAGAAAAGUGUUUCUGUGUGCCCAGUGCAGUUGGGGAAAUAAUGGUUGCUUUUCCUUAUUAGGCUUCAUCAAUGCCAAUUUAGAACAUGCUGAAGAUGCAGCUACCCCUUAUGGUGUCUAUCACUGGUUAGGUAUAAGAGCAGGGGAUGAGGAACGAGUCUUUUCUAUAAGUGGUAAAUGCCAGCAGUGGGUUUAGUGCAGCUUUCUUUUCUAUGAGGUAUGGCAGUUUGCUAAAACUUUUGCCAGUAGGAGUGUUUCCUUCUGCUGCACUACCUAGGGCUUUCCAAGUCACCACAUGAUCCAUCCCUUUGACCUCCUAUCUGUGAGAGCAGUGGUCCUUAAAUAUGAUGUCUUCACCUGCUGUGAAUGACAUACCCCUGCAACCCAGUGAGGGGCUUGAAAGAGGUACUGUGAUCUACCUGGGACCUUUUAAACUAGAAAAAGAAGGUGGUCCUCACAGCCAGAAAGCUUGUGUAAGUGGCAAUGAUGGGGAUAUGUUUGAAGAUCAGAGAGUUAGGCAUAUGCUUGGGUAAGUAGACACCAAGCAUCUUUUCUUAAAAUGUCAUUUAAAUUAAGCCAAUAGACUCUCCCAGAUCACACAACUGGUGGAAUGAUUCAUACUUCUUUCUAUUACUUAAUAACUAAUCACAAUUCAGUUUUUUAACCUUAUCAGGCACAGAAUUCACUCCUUUGUUUCUAUUAUUUUUUCCUGUCCUGGAUAUGAGGGGCUACAGUAGCAAAUUCUGUCUUUACUGCAUGCAAAUUCUAUCUUUAUUGUAUCCAAAAGAUGAAGGGAUAGAAGAAGAUAAAAUUCUCCUAUUCUGAUAUUAGAAUGACUUGCAGAUAUUAAAGGGCGUUUGGCCUGGUUUAAGGGAUUCAGAUCUGAUUUGCCUCUGAUGUUUCUUUUAAAGAUAUUUUUCUUCCCCCUGCCCUGAUCCUAUAAAUUGUUUAGCACUUUUUGUUCCAUUUGCUUUUAAAUGACCAUGCUAAGCCUGUUAAUAGAAUCUCUAGUAUUCUACAAUAAUCUAUCAAUGAUUGAGGAGUAAAAUAUUUUAGUUAACAUGAUUAUUUAAAAUUUUAAGCUGAAAAAUAAACCAAAUUGAACUAAAGUUAUAUAAACACAGCAACCUUUGUGUAUGAGUAAGUAAAUUUAUAUAUGUAAGAUUCUCUAAUGCUGUAUUUUACUUUAUGGGGUUCUUUAAUAGUGGACUGACUAUUUAUCUACACUGGUUUGCUUCUCAUUAAUUAUUUUUUAUACAAAUGAUUAAAUAGUUUAUUCGAUGAUAGACGCUUAUAUGUGGGUGAAUUCCCAGGAUAUCAUGAUGAAUGUUACCAAGCUGCUUGUUGACCUGCGUAAUCCAAAGGCAAGGAAAAUAUGUUUUCUGACAGUUCUUUCAAGAGAUCAGUUAUUUUAUUGAUGCCAUUAAAAAGCAAGUUGCCAUCAUUUUGUAUAACCAACAGUUUAUUGUGAUUAAAUAUCAAAUAAACAGGUAGAAAGCUUGGGUUUCUGGCUACUAGUGCUGUAGCAACUGUUACAGAGAACUCAUUACUGACAUUCCACGAUUUCCAGGGUGCACAUGGUAAAAUCUGAAGCCCAGAAUUCUUUCAAGCUGCAUGUUUUACUGGAAAAGAGGAGUUAAAUAAGCAAGGGAUAAAAUAUUUUUGUGAAGGCUUAGGCAUGAUCAUAAGUCCUUGCUGUUGUAGCAGUACGCUGAGAACUUCUUUUAUUCUGUAAUCAAUCUAGAAUAGGCCCUUCAGACAGAAACAUGAGCAAUUUCAUAUGUGAAUAUUUAGAUCUUAUACUGUAACAAAAUCAAGAAAUUUGUUUAGAACAUGUUAGUCAGCUAAGACUACUAGGCCUACUGUGUUCAAUAAGGAGCAGAAUUUAGUUAAAAAUUAUUUUUUCACAUUGAAACUUUACAAACACAAAUGUCUAUGAAAAAAUGCUUUGUAAUGACUGUUUUUUUUCUGUGAAGACUCGAUUUGUGUGGUUGUAUGUAUAUAAACACAUUUACUUAUGUUUGUAUGUGUAUAUAUAUAUGUGUGUGCAUAUGUGUUCAUGUAUUUCAAGUGUCAGUGUAUAAGUAAGUUGGGUUUAUGAUGGGUUUUGGAUAUGAUAUUUUUAUGUGUAUAAAAACCCAACACAUGGAGAAAAAUUAAUAUUUUAUAUUGCUUACAAUAUAUAUGCUUACAAUUUUUAGGUUUUGAACUAUUUUAAAAUAUACAGUUUUAUAUGUAUAUUUUCUAUACAUAGAUACUUUAAGAAAUAUUUAUAAUAUGAAAUCACUAAACUCUAGUACAUUAUAACAGGUGCUUUAUAAUCUGACAUGGAGUAGGGCUAGGGGACAUUAGGGUAUUCCUGUUUACUUGUUUCUGUUGUACCUUUCCUGACAUGUCUGUCCUGGUAUGUGUUUAUUAGUAAAAACCAAUACUACCAGCUCUUCUGCCACCUCUGUUCCUACAUUUGAAUUCAUAAUCUUUUGAACAAAGCGUUGUUUUUACUUUUUGAGGAUUACCAAAAUGUUUUGUAUAAAUUUGACUAGUAAUCAACCAAACUUAUAUGAAGUCCUCUCCAGAAAUUAAAGGUACAUAUACACAUUCUUUUAAUUGUGAUCGAGUCAAAGCAGCUUAAGUUACUUUUCUUUUUUACCCUAGGAAAUAUGCCAUCAACGUUGUCAGUGAGAGCUUUUCCUAAUAGCACCUUUUAUACUCUUAAAAAGAGAGAAUGAUUUGUGAAUUACCAUGUAAAGGCAAUGCCAACCUCACAUUUAAGAAGGUACCAAUGCAGACUCAAGUUUAAAAACUAUGAGAAAGACAUAUUAAAACCUUUGAUAUAUAUUAAAAUGCCAGCUUAAUCACAUCUUUCUCAGAGAUGAACAUUAAGAAAACUAAGAUCAAAACAUCAUUUGAGAGAUACAUAUUAAAGAAAAACUAACAGAUACAAUUUCCGCAGGACUUUAAAGGAUUGGGUUUAGAGUGUGCGUCAUGAAUUAAUUAUUAAAGGUCACAUGAUUAGUGGAUGGGGUGAUGGCAAGGGAAAUUAACUGUCCUUUUUGCUAGUGCCGAAACAGUGCCUUCUUUCUACAUAUUCUAUUUUAUAACAUUCUCUAACAUGUCGUUAAAUAUCAAGGGAAAGUACUGAAGUUCGUAUAGUUGGUAAUGCCAGCAAAGGCCAAUUUUUAAUCAUGUAGAUGUGAAUAUAAGGUUGCUUGACUUAGUUGUUUAACUGAGAUUUUUUUUUUUUCUUGUAAUAAUUUAAACACUUUAAAAUAGCUUUCUGGUUUCUGAAUUUUGAGAGGUCUGAUCUGUUAUUGUUAUGGUUGUUGGUUUGGUUGUUGGUUUUUUGCAGUAUUCAUUGUUUAUAUGUAUACAGUUUAGUCUUAUUGAUUUCAAAUGUGUUUUGUUAGGGCUCAACCCAAUUAUUAAUGCUAUUUGCUGGGAGCAGUAUACUUAGCUUUUAUUCACCAUGCCUGAAGCCACCUUCACAAUCUCUAGGCCUUAAAGAGUCUUCCCUGAUCACUGACAGCCUCAUGGAGAUCAGGGCUGGUUCCAGACCAGAACCUCAGGCUGGUUCCAGAGUCAGGCAGCCUGCAAAGUGUGAGCAUCUGUAGCUGCCCCUGUUGGGUGGGGUCUUAGAAUGACAGAGUAGGAUAUGAAGUGAAAGACUUCAAAUGAAAGUAAGGUAAUUUGGGGUCCUUAAUUUCAGUUCCAAAUAUGUCAUGAGUAUAUCAAGAUGAAUAAGGACCAAGGAAACUCUAUGGUUCAUGGAAGGGGUGGCUACUUCCUGGAACCUGCACAGUGGGGCCUGGCCUGCUGCAAUCCCUGCACAUGCACUGCCAACCUUGCAGUACAAAGUGCACGGCUAAGACCCAGUUGAUAGAGCUUUGUAUUGCCAAUAGAAUGGGUUUCUCUGGCCCACGCCUGGUUGGGGGGCUCUUCAUCUCUGGUGUCCACUGGGAUGCCAAUUGUUUGAUUGCUUUAUUCUAUUCUCUUUGUACUUAAUAGAGAUUGUUGAUAGGGCCCAAAACCCUACAGAAAUACUUUGUCUGUAAAAACCAACAAAGCCAUCGGACUUGAGUGAAUGUAAGGAUUUUUUGUUUAGUAAGUAAUUUUAAACUUAAAUGUUUUUUAUGAUAAUCAGUGUUCCUUUUUACUUAUAAAGUUGGAUUAUUUUUUAGAAUUUGUAAUAAAUAAAAGCUAUUGCUGCUUUACCAUUGUAAAAUAUGCUUUCUUA